GGUCUCUCGCGCCUGCGCACUGGCAGCGUAGGCAGGUCGUCAGUACUCCCGCGCUAGCCAGCCACUGGGUCUCGUCUCCACCGGCCUCUAGCCCCGGCAUGGAGAGGGUUUCGUUGGCUACGGGCAGCGCGGGAGCCGCCAGGGCCGAGGGAGCUGCGGCCAUGCCGCCGCCGCCAGCCGUGUCCCCGCCUGCCCUCACCCCGGCACCCGCAGCGGGGGAGGAGGGCCCGCCGCCUUUGCCCGAGGCGGGGGCUCCCGGCUGCUCGGGCGCCCGGCCCCCAGAGUUGGAGCCGGAGCGCAGCCUGGGCCGCAUGAGGGGCCGCUUCGAGGACGAGGACGACGAGUUGGAAGAGGAUGAGGAGCUGGAGGAAGAAGAAGAGGAGGAGGAGGAAGAGAUGAGCCACUUCUCGCUGAGGCUGGAGGGAGGCCGGCCGGACUCCGAGGACGAGGAGGAGCGCCUGAUUAAUCUCUCAGAACUGACCCCGUACAUCUUGUGUUCCAUUUGCAAAGGUUACUUAAUAGAUGCAACUACCAUUACAGAAUGUCUUCAUACAUUUUGUAAAAGCUGCAUUGUAAGACAUUUUUACUAUAGCAACAGAUGUCCAAAAUGCAACAUAGUAGUACAUCAGACACAACCUCUGUAUAACAUAAGGUUGGACCGACAGUUACAAGACAUAGUGUACAAAUUAGUGAUCAAUCUAGAGGAAAGAGAAAAAAAGCAAAUGCAUGAUUUCUAUAAAGAAAGAGGUCUAGAAGUACCUAAACCUGCUGUUCCACAGCCAGUCCCUUCGAGCAAAGGAAGAUCUAAGAAAGUCUUAGAAUCAGUGUUUCGUAUCCCACCUGAACUUGAUAUGUCUUUACUACUAGAGUUCAUUGGUGCUAAUGAAGGCACGGGACAUUUUAAGCCCUUGGAAAAGAAGUUUGUCCGAGUUUCUGGAGAAGCAACUAUUGGGCAUGUAGAAAAAUUCCUCAGAAGAAAAAUGGGUCUUGAUCCAGCUUGUCAGGUAGAUAUCAUCUGUGGCGAUCACUUGUUGGAGCAGUAUCAGACCCUAAGGGAGAUCCGACGUGCGAUUGGUGAUGCAGCAAUGCAGGAUGGUCUGCUGGUCCUCCAUUAUGGUCUUGUGGUUUCUCCUCUGAAAAUUACUUGAAGAUUCUAGCAGCAUUAGGAGGAGGGAAACGAAAUAAUGAGGCUUCUGCAGGAUUGCAUUUCACCAAAGAUUUCCACACAACAUGUAAUAGCUACCAUUUUGUGCUGCUGGAGACAUAACUUAUCUAUUUUCAGCACGUAGAUUCAUAACAUUUAUAAGUACAACUUGGAAUGAUGGAAUGCAUCUGUUUUACUAGAAACUAUAUAUAAAAAGCAUCCAUAGCUCAGGGGGAAAUUUUCAGAGCAUUAAAUUUUUAAAUUCCUUGUGAUCUCAAAUACUUUGACAUUGAUUUUGCUUCCUAAUCUUUGAGGUAAAUCAGUUACUAUUUUCUUCUUGUUGAGCCAUAUCCCUUUCCCGUUGGCGGUUAGGAUUCUGCUCUCUGGAAUGGCAUCCGUUGGGCAGUCAUGCUUUUGGAAAAGAAGGAUGCUUUUGAACUGAAGAUUCAAAGUCAGGCUUUGUUAAACUACAGAGUGUACCUCUUGGACAAAGACCAAAACUACUGGCCACUUUUGUAUGCUGCCAUCAUAUUUGGAACACGUAUCUUUCUUUUCCCAGCAAUACUACCACAGAGAUGAUAUGUACUUCUAAAAGGGAUGAAUUAUCAUUCUUUGUGAAGAGACUGUCUCCUGCAGGGUUUAUGGCCUGUACUGUAAGCCUUCAGUGUAAUAAAGACUCCUUUAACAGAUCUUAACAACAAGGGAUGCCUCUUUGAAACAUUAUCUUUAUUAUUUGAAUGUUAGUUUGAUUAGCAUUCACUUUGAGUAUGUAGUUUGGUUGUCAGUACCUUAGAACACCACUGCUUCUCAAAGUAAUAAAUAAACGAGUGAAUUUGCAAGUUUACAGAAUACUUACUGUUCCUCAGUAAGUCAGUUUAAUGUUCAUUGUCCCAUUACUUUGUCACUGGGAUAAAGAAUACGGGUGUUUAAGAGUUCGCUCACGUGCAAAGAUUUCAGUUUUAAAUGUUAUUUUGCCUAAAAUUAGCAUUGUGAUACUUUCUAAAACAAUAUUUUGUAAACCCUAUUUCACUGCAAAAUUUCCAAGUCUGCGUAUAGAAGCAAUUACAAAUGAAUGAGGUUUGGCGAUUGUUUUGUAAAGAAUUUGUGAAUUGUGUAUAAAUCUCUUCUAACAUUUAAUAAAAAUUUUUAAUAAAAAUUUAUUUU